CAUAAGUCACUUUGGGACAGAUCAAAUAUUGCUCAAGAAUUGUAAAUAAAUGCAAAUAACUGGAAAAUCAUAACAAAUCAAGAUGAAUAAACCAGCGCCUUAUAGUAUUAGUUCGAUUUGUCGAAUUUGCUUGGAGCACCUGCAGACUGAAAAUAUCUACGAUUUGUUUGCUGUUCCUGGACUAGCCAAAAAGUUAAGUGUCUGCACUUCACUUUCGGUGGAACUCCACGACGGAUUUCCUCAUAAUAUUUGUGGCAUUUGUUUUACACGUCUAAAUGAUAUGCAAGAUUUUCAAAAGAUGUGUGUUGAGUCCGUUGAAAAGUUUCAGGAGAUGGUGGCCCAAAAUUUAAUAAUGGACCAAUCGAGCGCAUUGGCCGUACUGGAAACUGGUGGUGUGGACGCAGCACAAAAUGAAGUUGUAGAUAAUGAUGAGCCUAUAGAUUUCGAUCCACUUUUAAAUCAUAAACUUGAGUUGAUUGAGAAUGCAGAGGACGUUUUCAAAAUGCUAGAAAAUGUAGAUAAAGAAAGUGCAGAUAAUGUGAUAGGCGUGAAACGGACCGGCGGUGUCAAUAGUAAUGAGAAGAUAUCUGAACAAAUUCGGAAAUUUAGUGGUGAUUCUGACUGUCAAAAUAGCAAUACAUCCGAUUUUGAACCCUUUGGCAACGAGGAAGAAGAAAUCAGAAGUAGUGAAAGUGAUGAUGAAAAACCAUUAGCUGCCCGUUUACGGAAGUCUCGACGAUCAAAGAGGGCUUUGCGAAAGGAAGAUAUAAUCGACGAUGGACUUGAUGCUGAUGAAUAUGAUGAUAAUAAAAAGCAAAAGGCGAAACAGAAACAUCGUGCUCGUUUAAGUGGUGAAGAUAUUUCAGCCAAUAGCAUAGAGUGCCACAUUUGUCAAAAGAAGUUUAGAAAAGCGGAACGCUAUGAGGAGCACAUGCGACACCACAACGACAAGUUGCCCCACCAAUGUUCGGUGGAAUCAUGUCUGAAAGGAUUUACCACUGCUAACGGACUUCGAUUACACAUGGAGCAUUGUCACGCUGAGACAUGUGAUAGCUAUCCAUGUCCUGAAGAAGGUUGUGGCCGCAUAUUCCCACGAACCCGCCUACUCAAUUGGCAUUUACGUAAGGUUCAUAAAAUUGCUAAAGAGCUCCGAGAGCCAAAGUGCUACACGUGUAGCCAAUGCGAAAAAGUGUUCCGCUGCCCCAUGGCGCUUAAAAAACAUAUGUACAAGCACGAUGGAAAGGAGCUGCCUUUUCCUUGCAAUAUUUGCGGCAAACGUUUUGUAAUAAACAGUGCACUUAAAGAUCAUCUUAUGAGGCAUGCGGGAAUUAAAAACUACGUUUGUCCGUAUUGCGGUGUUGGUAAAACAACUCGACAGGAGUGGAACACGCAUAUAAAUACACACACUCAGGAAAAAAAAUUUAAUUGCUCACAAUGCACUUAUGCGUCGCAUAACAAACAAAAUUUACGCAUGCACGUGAAGAUUGUGCAUGAAAAGAUUAAGGAUUACGCAUGUCAGUACUGUGGUAAAACAUUUGGUAAAUCGAAUGCUUGCAAAAUGCACGAAAUGACUCAUACUGGUGAGAAGCGAUGUGAGUGCAAGGUUUGCGGGAAGCGAUUCCUUUAUGCCAAAGCCUUGACAAAGCACCUUAAAACUCAUGAAAAACGUGUUCUACGGGCCAUUGAGGUGUACCGCAAGCGCCAGAUCGAAAAUGGUUUUAUGUCGGCCGAUGCACUGGAUGUACCAAUACCCGCACUGCCAUCUACGGAAUUGCAUACACAGGAGGCGCAUCAAAAGGUGGCUGAAGAGAUACUUAAGGUUUGUGCAGAAUCAACUGCCUCAAUACCGAAAAAUCCUCGACGUGUUGAACGCGUUGAUAUUUCCGCACUAGCAGGUACAGCAGUGAAUCCUAUACCAUCUGUAGCAGUACCGUCGUGGUCCCCACAAAUUAAUUUUAUGAUGAAAGAAGGACCUUAUAUCUGUCCAGAUUGCGGUCAGGGUUUUAAUGGUCAAGGAAACCUUAAACGGCAUCAUCGAAUUGUACAUGAAGGCGUUAAGGACUUCGCUUGUCGUUUUUGUCACAAACGAUUCGCUAAAGCACAGACGCUCAAACAUCAUGAGAUGACUCAUACCGGCGAAAAACCGCAUGAGUGCAAUAGUUGUGGAAAACGUUUUAUUCAAUACGUGGCACUGAAACGUCACAUGAAGAUACAUAUGAAUAAACCGCCACCAAUAAUACCACCAAGUGUGUACGAGGCACGCGAAGAGUUAGAGAUGCAAGAGCGUGAAAAGUUGGAAACGAAACGUAAGAAACAGGAAGCACGUGCGGCUAUAGCAGAAUUAGCUCGGGAGCAGCUGUAUGAAAUGGAACAACAAGUGCCUGAGGAAAAGGAGCAGUUAUCUGACUCAUGUUUAAAACUAGCGAUAAAAGAAAACCAGGAAUUCAUAAAAAUCGAUCCUAUGUCGGAAUUAAGUUCGAAUCCAGAACUAAAUGUGGGUUUAGGUGAGUUUCCGCACAUAAAUACCAGCACCAUGGGCACAUGAACAGCAUAUAUGUAAGUUGGUUUGGCAAUAAAAAAAACCGUGGUUUUAUAGCAGCUGAGUGCAUAUAGUAGUUACCGAAGUUGUUACUUUUCCAUAUGGAAAUUAAAAGCAUCAGAUCUUUUAAUUUUACGUAGGUUUUGUGUUUUUAAUUUCAUCAAGUUUUUACCUUAAAUACGAAUGUAUGUAUACAAAAACAUUUAAUUUUCACAGCCUACUGUAUAUAUUAUAUAUAUGUAAGAACACAUCGAAUGCAUACGACUCGUACGCGUGUUAACAAUAAAAAAUAGCAGAUAUAGAAAUAUAUAUAGAGUAGAUCAUAUGUAUAUAUGUAUAUAUAUCAUAUAUAUAUGUUGAUAUACCGCUGCUUUACUUAUAUUUAAGGAUGUACAUUAAGAAUCUUAUAUGAGUUUUUAAAAAUAUAAGCAAGUGAAUAAAGCCUAGCU